GGGAGAUUCGGCUCCAGGAGCAGCUACUGGGCACACUGAGUGUUUGAGCCCACCUGCGGGAGGCACGCACCUUGUACGUCUGUAUUACCAAAUGCAGUUAAAUAUCUGAACUCUAGCAGAGACUCUGAAUCAAUAACUGUUACCUGGCCACCAGCCCAAAAUAAAUUUGAUGGAUAUGUUCUUUCAAUAAACAGCAAGAUCUUCAACAAAGAGAAAAUGUUAUCUUCUGGUGUAAGAAUGUACAAAUUUGAGAAUCUUCAGCCAGGCACUGAUUUCUUAAUCAGUAUUGUGACAACCAAUGGACUAAAAAGAAGUCGCCCCACCGUCCUCAAGAUUAGCACCUAUCCUGAUCCACCAUCAGAUUUACAGGUGUUUGGGCAAGAAGAAAAUACAGUCUAUUUGUCUUGGAAACUGCCGAGAGGAGGAUUCGAUAUGUUUCAGGUUUCCUGUUGUCUGAUGAAUAAUGAAAAGUUGCUUACCACAACUGUUUAUGAUAGCAGAGCUGUAGUGAAAAAUCUGGCCCCUGGGAUGGAAUACUUGUUUCAGUUAAGGACAGUUAAAGGCUUGGAUUCGUCUGUGGCUGUGGAGAGAAGUGUCAUCACAAAACCAGCUGGGAUCUGCGGUCUGGCAUUAAAAAUGGUAAAUACUUCAUCAGCAACUUUAAUGUGGAAUCCCACCAAGACUAACUUCACUUCUUAUAAAGCAUCUUUAUCAAACAGCACCUUUAUAAGCAAAUUUAGGAUUCCAGGAGCAGUGUCUAACUUCAGUGUUACAAAUCUGACUGCUGGUGGCAUUUAUAAUUUCACUCUGCGAAGACUACAAGGCAAUAUUGAAGGGGCUUCUGCUUUCAUUGAAAUUGUAACAGAACCUGCAAAGCCAGAAGGACUAAAGUUCUUCGAUGUUUCAUCAUAUUCUUUUUCAUUGUACUGGAGACUACCAUACGGACAUGUGGACAGAUUUCAUGUGGAUCUUAUUCCUGAUCAUGGAUCUGUUGUUAUCCUAGAUCUUGGAGUUAGGGAGUAUCAAGCUGACUUUUCUAAUACUCUACCUGGAACAACAUACAAUGUUACUGUUUCAGCAGUUUCUUCUUCACUGUACAGUUCUCCUGCCAGUAGAACAGUGACAACAAACGUGACAAAUCCUGGGCCCCCCAUAUUUCUUGCAGGUGAAAGAGUGGGCUCUGCUGGAAUUCUGCUGUCAUGGAAUACACCACUGCGUCCAAAUGGGAGAAUUCUCUCCUAUACUGUUAAAUAUAAAGAGGUCUGCCCGUGGAUGCAAACAGCAUAUACACAGGUCACAACAAAACCAGAUAGUCUGGAAGUUCUUCUUACCAAUCUUAACCCUGGAACAACUUACGAAAUUACGGUUGCUGCUGAGAACAGUGCUGGUCUUGGAGUAUUUAGUGAUCCUUUUCUUUUUCAGACUGCAGAAAGUGCUCCAGGUAAAGUAGUGAAUCUCACAGUUGAAGCCUUAAAUUAUUCAGCUGUAAAUCUGAUCUGGUUUCUCCCUCGGCAACCAAAUGGAAAGAUAACUAGUUUCAAGAUUAGUGUGAAACAUGCAAGAAGUGGAAUUGUAGUGAAAGAUGUCUUGGUUAAAGUAGAGGACCUUCUGUCUGGGAGGUUACCAGAAUGUAAUGAUAACAGUGAAUCAUUUUUGUGGAGUACUACUACUCCUUCAACUACUUUUGGCAAGUCCACAAUUCCUUCAAGGACUACAGUUGCAUCAAGUACAGAGGCAUCUAGUCAAAUGAGCUCUGUUUGGAAUGAACCGAUCAGUUUUGUUAUAACUAACCUGAGGCCAUAUACCACCUAUCUUUUUGAAGUCUCUGCAGUUACCACUGAAGCAGGUUACAUUGACAGUGCAAUUGUCCGGACACCAGAAUCAGUUCCAGAAGGUCCACCACAAAAUUUUGCCAAGAGCAACAUUACAGCAAAGUCUUUCUCAGUGACGUGGGACCCACCAACCAUAGUAACAGGAAAAUUUGGUUACAGAGUUGAGCUGCAUGGGCCAUCUGGACAUAUUCUGGAUAACAGCACAAAAGAUCAUAAGUUUGUAUUCCGUAACCUUGUGCCAUUUACAACAUACAAUGUGCAUGUUGGUGCAGAGACAAGUGCUGGCGUGGGACCAAAGACUAACCUUACGGUUUUCACUCCUGCAGAUGUCCCAGGUGCUGUAUCAGAUUUGCAUCUAGUGGAAGUGGAAGCCACGUAUAUAAAAAUUGCUUGGAGGAAGCCACAACAACCAAAUGGAAUCAUUACCCAGUACAGAGUUAAAGUGCAUGUGCAAGAAACAGAGGUGACUCUGGAAAACACUAUUGUCAAUGGAAAAAAUAUGUAUUUGAUCAAUACUUUGGAACCAUACAUGAUAAAUGAAAACAUCAAGCCUUCUCCCAUUUCAAAUUCAGUGGAAACAGCCAAUGAAUUAUACGAAGGUUCAGCUGAAAUGUUUUCCAGUAUUCAGACAGCUUCCCCAGUAAUAUUUACAAGUGUAUCUGGUGAUAAUUUGCCUGCUAUAAAUGGUGCUGCGGAAUUACAUUCUGCUUUGGAUAAUCAGUAUGACAUUAACAUUUUGGCUGAAGAGCUGUCGUAUGUUAUAAAGGGCCUUGUACCUUUCACAGACUACACAAUCAGUGUGUCUGCUUUCACUGCUAUUGGAGAAGGGCCACCAUCUGUUCUCACUGUCAGGACACACGAGCAAGUUCCAAGUUCAGUGCAAAAUAUAUCAUAUAAGAAUCUUAGCUCCUCCUCUGUUUUGCUGUGUUGGGACCCUCCAGCAAAUCCCAAUGGGAAAAUUAUUCAUUAUACUGUUUAUGCAAUGGAGCUGGAUACAAAAAGAGCAUUCCACACAACAACUUCAAACAACAGCUUAAUUAUGACAGGUUUAAAAAAAUACACAAAUUAUAAAAUGAGAGUUGCAGCCUCUACCAUGGUUGGAGAAAGUGCUUUGUCUGAAGAGAAUGAUGUUUUUGUGAGAACUCCUGAAGAUGAACCAGACUCCCCACCCCAAAAUGCAGAGUUAGUAAAUGUAACUGCAACAGAGAUAAACCUGAGAUGGUUACCACCUGAACAACCCAAUGGUCUCAUAACUCACUAUGAAGUUCUGUACAGUGAUUCUAAUGAUUUAUUUAUUAAAAAUGCCUCAUCUACAAGUAUAUCACUUACUGAAAUGAGGCCGUAUACUCUCUACAACAUCACUGUAAGGGCAUUCACCAGACUUGGCCAUGGGAAUCAGUCAUCUUUCCCACUUCUGGUGAGAACUUCUGAAACUGUUCCCGAUUCUGCACCGGAAAGCAUAACCUAUAGGAACAUCUCAUCUGUGGAAAUUGAAUUAUCGUUUUUUCCACCAUCCAUUCCCAAUGGAAUCAUACAGACGUACACAAUCUAUCUCAAGAGGACUGGUGGAACUGAGCAAAGAGUCAUAAACACUACUCAUCUGGUACUACGUAUUACAGGUUUAAAGAAAUAUACAGAAUAUACAAUAGAAGUGUCUGCUAGUACCAUUAUGGGGGAGGGCCUUCGUAGUGCACCUCUGCAUAUACUGACUGAUGAGGAUGCUCCUAGUUCUCCUCCAGAAUCCCUCUCGGUAAAACAGUUGUCGGGUGUCACUGUGAAGUUGUCAUGGAAACCUCCACUGGAGCCAAAUGGAAUUAUCCUCUAUUACACAGUUUAUGUCUGGAAUAAAAUAUCAAAAAGGAGUGUUAAUGUAACAGAAACAUCACUGCAGUUCACAGAUCUGGAAAAUAACUCUGAGUAUAGUGCAUAUGUUACAGCAAGUACAAGAUUUGGAGAUGGCAACAUAAAAAGUGAUACUAUAAUAUUCAGAACUUCUGAAGGAGCACCAGGUGAUCCUCCGAAAAAUGUUGUAUACAGAAACCUUACUUCUACAUCAGUAAUGCUGUUCUGGUAUCCUCCUCAAAAGCCUAAUGGAAAUAUACUGUACUACUCAGUUUAUUUCAAAAAUAAUUCAGGGAUAUUCAUACAGAAUUUCACAAGUUCUGGUAACUACAGCCAUGUCAAUAUGUCCCAUUCUGCAGUUCUGGAUGACUUGGCCAAAUACAGCCAUUAUACUCUGUGGGUAACUGCAAGCACAGCUUUUGGGGAUGGAAACAAAACCAGUGAAAUAAUAGAUGUGUAUACAGAUCAGGAUAUCCCAGAUGGUUCUGUUGAAAAUCUGGUCUAUCAAAACAUUUCCUCAUCUUCUGUAAAUGUAAGCUGGCUUCCACCAUCCCAGCCAAAUGGUUUAGUCUUCUUUCAUGUUUCUCUAAGUUUAUUGCAACUGGGAACCAAUAAGAUAUUGUCUUUCCUUACUUACAACACAAGCAUCAUUUUUGACAAUCUGGAGAAAUACACUGAUUACAUUCUGAAAAUCACACCAGCCACUGAUAAAGGAUCUUCUGAACUGCAUGCUCUAAGUCUGCAUAUAAGAACUGAUGAAGAUGUCCCAGAAUCAGCACCUAUAAUCAAAAAAUUUUCAAAUCUCUCAACUACCUCAGUUAUGCUUUCAUGGGACCCUCCUGUUAAGCCAAGUGGUGUUAUAAUAAGUUAUGAUUUAAAUUUGUUUGGGCCAGAAAGGAAUAUCUCAUUCUCUACCACCAAUAAUUUCAUCAUUUUGGAAGACCUUGUACCAUUCACAUUAUACAGUAUUUACACAGCUGCAAGAACUAUAAAAGGAUCCGGUCCAUCUUCCAUGCUUCUGUUCUACACAGAUGAGUCAGUGCCAUUAGCUCCACCCCAGAAUUUGACCAUUACCAAUUACUCUUCAGAUUCUGUGUGGCUAAAAUGGGAUCCAAGUCCUCAGCCAAAUGGUGUUAUUAUGAGAUACAAUUUUAAGAUUUAUCAAAACAACACUGAAGAAAUAUUUUAUCAGAAUGUUUCAGGUUCAUACAAUGAGGCAAACCUUGUUGGAUUAGAACCAUUCAGCACUUACUUUAUCAGUGUAUCUGCAUUUACCAGACUUGGGAACGGCAAUCAGUUCAGUCAUGCUGUCCAAUUUACAACGAUGGAAUCAGUCCCAGAUGUUGUCCAGAAUGUUCGCUGUAUUGCAAUGAGUUGGCAAUCGAUCCUAGUGCAAUGGGACCCCCCUGCUUCAUCCAACGGUGUGAUUACUCAUUACAUCGUAACAGUUGAAGGAAGUUCUACAAAUUUUUCAUCUUAUGAUACGCUGCAUAUUUUUAGAAGUCUGCUUUCUAAUAUUUCUUACCAUUUUAAAAUAAAAGCUGCAACAUCUGCUGGUGAUGGUGAAGAACAGAUAUGUAAUGCCAGUACACUUCCAGAAAGAGUUCCUAGUGCUCCCAUGGAUAUUGUUUUUUCCAAUGUGCAAUCAACAAGUGUGACCUUGAACUGGAGAUCACCGAAAUCUAUCUUUGGCUACUUUCAAAACUACAAGAUUACCACACAGCUACAGUCCAUCCACUGCAGUGACUGGGAAGUUAAGGAAUGUAUUGAAUAUGAGAUGCAUCAAUAUUUAUAUGAAAAUGUGGUGGAUGACAAGAUAGAAGAGACUGUGUAUGGACUAAAAAAAUACAGAUGGUACAGAUUUGCAGUUGCUGCCAGUACGAAUGUUGGUUACGGAAGUUCUUCACCUUGGAUUUCUACCCAAACACUUCCUGGCUCUCCAGAUGGUCCUCCAGAAAAUGUGACAGUGUUAGCUACAUCUCCUCACAGUAUUAAUAUCAGCUGGAGUGAACCUGUCGUCAUUACUGGACCAACAUGCUAUCUCAUAGACAUUACCUCAGUAGAUAAUGACAAUUAUAAAGCCCAGUUCCUGAAGAAAAAUGAUGAGGGUAAAAUCCUAGAAAUUUCUGAUUUGAAGGCAUUUACAAGGUAUUCUGUAGUAAUCAUUGCCUUUACGGGUGACGUUAAUGCUGCAGCCAUUGAAGGCAAGGCUAGUUCUUCAGUAAUUGUCUCCACUUUUGAAGCAGUGCCUGAAGACCCACCUAACAACGUAACAUUUCAGAAGAUACCUGAUGAGGUAACAAAGUUCCAAGUGACAUUUGUGCCGCCAUCUGAACCAAAUGGGAAUAUUCAGGUGUAUCAAGCUAUGGUGUACAAUGAAGAUGACCCUGCUGCUAUCUGGAUCCACAACCUUAGUGUCAUUGAUAAAACAGAUCAGUCGGUCACUGCGAUGAUAGAAGGACUGAAAGGAGGACAUACCUAUAAUGUCAGCGUGUAUGCAAUUAAUGGUGCUGGCGCAGGACCAAAAAUUCAAUUGAAAGUAACCAUGGAUAUCAAAGAACCGCCACGGCCUAAAAAGAAACCAGCACCUGUUUAUGAUACCAAUGGGGCCUUACUUGUCACAGCCACAACAAUUACAAUCAGAAUGCCAAUAUGCUAUUACAGUGAUGAUCAUGGACCUAUCAAGAAGAUACAGGUUCUUGUUGCAGAAGCUGGAGCUCAGCAUGAUGGGAAUGUUACUAAGUGGUAUGAUGCCUACUUCAACAGACCAAGACUGUAUUUUACAAAUGAAGGCUUUCCAAACCCACCAUGUAUAGAAGGAAAAGAAGAUCUGAGUGGCAAAGAAGAGAUAUAUGUCAUCGGCACUGAUACUACAUGUAUGAUACCAGGCAGUCAAGAUAAAAUAUGUAACGGCCCACUGAAACCAAGUAAACAGUACCUGUUUAAGUUCAGAGCAACUAAUGUUAAAGGACAGUUUACAGAUUCUGACUUUUCUGAUCCUGUCAAAACUUUAGGUGAAGGACUGUCAGGAAGAUCUGUAGAAGUUAUCCUUGCAGUUACUUUGUGCAUACUUUCAGUUGUUCUUUUGGUGGCUGCAGUCUAUGCUUUUGCAAGAAUUCGCCAAAAGCAAAAAGAGGGAGGCACAUACUCCCCACGAGAUGCUGAAAUUAUUGACACUAAAUUCAAAUUGGAUCAGUUGAUUACAGUGGCAGACCUGGAGCUGAAGGAUGAGAGAUUUACACGGUUACUUAGUUAUAGAAAAUCCAUCAAGCCAAUAAGCAAGAAAUCCUUCCUACAACAUGUCGAAGAGCUUUGUACAAACAACAACCUAAAGUUUCAGGAAGAAUUUUCGGAACUUCCCAAGUUUCUUGAAGACCUUGCUUCAACUGAUGCUGAUCUGCCUUGGAACAGGUCUAAGAAUCGUUUCCCAAACAUAAAGCCAUAUAAUAACAACAGAGUAAAGCUGAUGCCUGAUGCUGGUAUUCCCGGAUCUGACUACAUUAAUGCCAGCUAUGUAUCUGGCUAUUUGUGUCCAAAUGAAUUUAUCGCAACUCAGGGACCAUUACCAGGAACAGUAGGUGAUUUCUGGAGAAUGGUGUGGGAGACUAGAGCAAAAACCCUUGUGAUGCUUACACAAUGUUUUGAAAAAGGACGGAUAAGAUGCCAUCAAUACUGGCCAGAAGAUAAUAAACCAGUGACUGUGUUUGGGGAUAUAGUAAUUACUAAAUUGAUGGAAGAUACUCAAACAGACUGGACCAUCAGAGACCUAAAAAUUGAAAGGCAUGGAGAUUGCAUGAUGGUGCGCCAGUGUAACUUUACUUCUUGGCCAGAACAUGGAGUCCCUGAAACUACUGCACCAAUUAUCCACUUCGUAAAACUUAUCCGUGCAAGUCGAGCAGGUGAUAAUACACCAAUGGUGGUUCACUGCAGUGCUGGUGUUGGAAGAACAGGUGUUUAUAUUGCACUAGACCAUUUAACACAACAUGUAAAUGACCACGAUUUUGUGGAUAUCUAUGGCCUUGUAGCUGAGUUAAGAAGUGAACGAAUGUGUAUGGUACAGAAUCUGGCACAAUAUAUAUUUUUGCAUCAGUGUGUAUUGGACCUGUUGACAAGCAAGGGAAGUACUCAACCCAUAUGUUUUGUAAAUUAUUCAGCACUUCAGAAGAUGGACUCUCUGGAUGCCAUGGAAGGUGAUGUGGAGCUUGAAUGGGAAGAAACUACCAUGUAAAUACUAAGACUAGAUAUUAAAAAUAAUCAGGUUUUGAAAAUCAGUCAUAUUUUUUUAAGCAAAAGGGCCAAAGUGAACUCCCCUAUUUUGAUGAUUAAAACAUACACUGAUGAUUGAAACAGCUUUUCUUCUAUCAAUGUGCCUUCAUAAAUAUGUUAAAGUAUUUUAUUCAGAUCACAGAGCAAUAAUGAUAUGAAGUACUUUUGCACAGACUGCACUUCUGCUGUUAUAUGAACACUGCAUUCAGUAUGUAUUUAAAUAGAAAGUGUGUUUGAACAUACUCCUUUUUUCCAUUUACCUUUGUAAAGAGGAACAAUGAGCCAAAUAAGAUGUAAAAAGUUCUUAUUCCCAGUGAACUUAUUUUUGUGUGAAUUUGCUGUAUUCAGUGUGUUUUGGUUUUAAGUAAAAGCUACAAUUCCUUGAACCAUUCUUGCUAGAUUGGUUUUAAUGUUGCUGUCAGUUCUUGCAGAUUAAUUCCAUUACCAUCACAGUGAUCUUUACCUAAAUGUAUGUUCUUGUGUUUUGAAUCUUUUUUUAUGAGUGGUAGCAUAUCAGCUCGUGAUCCUGAACAGCUGAAGAGUCACCUUCUGACAUGGGGAGGAUUAUUCAGCUUUUACACAGCACACAGUAGCUCUUCAGGGACACUUGGGGCUAUUUAAGCUAUCCUAUAAUGAGAGGGUUGUUUUUUUAAAUAUGCAAUGGUGAUUGCAUAUGUUCAGUGCUGAAGAAAGUAUUUUAUGUUCCUGCUACUUUUUAAAACGUAUAAAAAAAUAAUAAUGAUAACAAUAAAUCUAUACAUUUAUUACCUAUUAUGAUGCAUCUUAGGUUGACUUCAGUAAUAGAAUGUUUAUAAUUCAUUCACAUUUCUUGUAUAUGGCACUGUUCAGUAUUUUAAAAGGAUACUCAAAAUUUAAUAACAGUAUUUUUUAUAACGCAGUGUUGUCAAGUAAGAAAAAUGUUGCUCCUUUCUCUGGUUUGUUGAAUCACUGUAGACAUUGAAAAGUACAGGAAGUAAUAUUGGGGGAUUUAAUGAAAGGAAACAUCUCCCACUGGUUAUCUUUAUCAGAGCUAGAUCUGAAACAGGAAUGAGAGAAGCAGGAAGCUCUUAUCUGAGAAGCAAAA